AUGGAAGAAGGUGGCACCGCCCGAAAGCGCCAUACCAAUGCCACCGCAGAGGCUGAUGCCUCCCUUGAGCGGAUGGGCAUAAAAUCCGAUUUAGAACGAAAUUCGUUCUCUAGCAUGUCGAUGCUUGGAAUGGCCUUUGCUAUCGUCAACUCGUGGUGUGCGAUCGGAACCACCGUCAACGCUUCCCUGCCAUCUGGCGGACCCAGCAGCGCCGUUUGGGGUAUUUUGAUCGCAGGAAUCUUCAACUUAUGCUGUGGCGUGUCGCUUGCCGAGUUUCUGUCUGCCUACCCGACUGCAGGUGGCCAGUAUCAUUGGGCAGCUGUUGCCAGCUGGAAAUCGACAAGACGCGCAGUUAGCUACAUCACCGGUUGGAUCAAUCUUGCUGCGUGGGUAUGCCUAGCAGGAGCCAACUGCUUGCUUGUGAGCGGAAUCAUUAUGAGUUAUGCGGAAUUGAUGAACCCUGCUUUUGAGCCGAAGCCGUGGCAACGAUUUCUUUUGUAUAUCGCCAUCGGUGCCAUGGCGUUCAGUUACAACUUAUUCGCCAAUCGCUUCCUCUCUCAUCUGAACAAGUACAACAUGUUCUUCACGCUGGCGGGUUUCAUUAUCAGCCUGAUCGUUAUCCUCGCGUGUGCAGCUCCGGAUUUCCAAAGCGCGAAAUUUGUGUUUGGGGGUUUCAUUAAUGAAUCAGGCUGGCCAGAUGGCUGGGCCUGGCAAUUGGGUCUAUUGCAGGGUGCCUUCUCCGUGACUGCCUACGACUCGACCAUCCAUAUGAUUGAAGAGAUGCCGAAUCCCACAACCCAAGGCCCCAAGCUGAUGAUAUCCGCCAUUGUAAUGGCCGUCAUCACUGGAUUUGGGUAUAUCGCUGCUGUGCUCGCCGUCAUGACUGAUAUUCCAUCGGCAAUUUCGGCCUCGGAACCUUUGCUGGAAAUUUACUACCAGGCUACAUCGAGCAAGGCCGGUAGUAUAUGCUUGAUGAUGUUCCCCCUGCUAUCCUUUGUCCUAUGUGCCAUCGACGACAUGGCCACUGCCGCCCGCAUGGCAUACGCUUUGGCACGGGAUGGCGGAAUGCCAUUCAAUCGCCAUUUUGAACGUGUGAGCCCAAGGUUCGGCCUCCCUGUGGCCGGAUUGAUAUGGUGCUUCGGCUGGGUUAUUGUCCUUGGCCUUAUCUUCCUCGGCUCUGACAACGCUUUCAACGCUAUAAUUUCCGCCGCUGUGGUUUCUUUCACCAUUACCUACGCCAUACCGCCAGGAAUCAACAUGCUGCGUGGCCGUCGCAUGCUUCCUGAAAAUCGCAGUUUCAAGUUGCCCAACACUGUUGGGUAUAUCUGCAAUGCGGCAGAUGUUGCUUGGGCUUUGCUCACGACUGUUCUCUUCGUUUGGCCAACAUCGAAUCCAACUACCCCAAGCAACAUGAACUACUGCAUUGCCGCAUUUGGAGUGAUUCUCGUGAUUGCUGGGUCAAACUGGGUCUUCAGUGCUCGAAAGACCUAUAGGCCCCCCUAA